AUGACAGAGAUAAUAAGUAUAAGAAAACCCUUGAAUCCGAAUGCUGAUUCAGACGUGGAGUCUUCUGAUGAAGAGAUGCUCGAAGCAUCUUUGGCACCUAAGAAUAAUAAUCAAUCAAUUGUGACUCCAGGAGAACUGAUAACAGAGGAUCCCAUAUGGAUGAGAGGCCAUGGUACCUACUAUUUGAACGAAAAAACAUAUAGUUCCGUAGCUGGGACCAUUUCCAAAGUCAACAAGCUUCUGAGUGUGGUCCCUUUGAGAGGAAGGUAUCAGCCUGAAACGGGAGAUCACGUCGUUGGGAGAAUCACAGAAGUUGGACCAAAGAGAUGGAAGGUAGAUAUUGGAGCUAGACAAGAUGCUGCAUUGAUGCUAGGCUCUGUGAACCUACCUGGAGGAGUUCUGAGAAGAAAAUCUGAAAGUGAUGAGUUACAAAUGAGGAAUUUCUUGAAAGAAGGUGAUUUGUUGAACGCAGAAGUUCAAUCGAUUUUUCAAGAUGGAUCAGCUUCUUUGCAUACGAGAUCUCUCAAAUACGGUAAACUUAGAAACGGAUAUUUCGUCAAGGUUCCUUCAUCUCUGAUUAUCAGACAGAAAAAUCAUCUUCAUGAGCUUCCCGGAAGCAUUACGAUUAUCAUUGGAGUGAACGGGUACAUCUGGAUCUCCAAGACAUUGUACCAGCAUCAAAAAUCUCUGCCGUCUACCACAGGAAACAACGCAUUAGACUCCACUGUUUCUUCAGCUGCAGCCAAGAGCAACAGUUACACACCAGGACAGGGAUCAGUAUCUAUAACCAGACUGGAGGAGGAAUCCUCCUGGGAAAUCUACAGUGACAAAAACGAGCCUAUAUCAGUUGCCACGAAGGACACUAUUGCGAGGUACGCCAACUGCGUGAAAGCGCUGGCCAAAUGCGAUAUCGGAAUUACUGAAACUCGAAUCAUUGCAGCAUAUGAAGCCAGUAUGGUUUACGAGAAUGCGGGGUUGUUAUUGGAUGAGGAGACCAUGAAGAGCAUUGGAGAAGAUGUGCUAAAUAGGGAAAGGAUGAGAGGCUAG